AUGUUUUAGCAUGAUGAAGAAGAGUAUAAAAAGUUAAACAGCCAACUGAAAGAAUAAGUUGGGCAAGCAUAAUUGCAAUCUUUAGAAAAAAUGGAGGAAAUGCUCGCCUCGAUUAAUGAGUAAUAUAAAAAGUGCUAAUCAAAACUUCAAGAACUAAAAAGUUAUUCAGAAAAGAACAACCUAAGAAAGGAAAUAGAUAAAGUAAAGAAAUAUAAUGAUGACUUGAAACAAAGCAAGAGUAGAAUAGAUAGAAUGACUAAGAAUAUUGAAAAGUAAAAAAACAAACUUGAUGCAAUUUAAAGUGGGCAAACUGAUAUGGCUGAGAGCUCAAAUUUAUAGAAAAAUAUACAAUAAUCUGAAAUUAGUAUGGCAAAAACAUAAGAAUCUAACUAUCACACCAUAUUGUAAAUAAAUGCUGUUGCUGCUUAAGGUAAUAUGGUUACAGAUAGCACAAUCUAAAAGUUACACGAAUAAAACGAGAACAUUAAUAAAAUUAUAUCAGGGAUUAACUAAGUUGAUGAAAAUUUAACACUCAUUGAUAGAAUAAGAAGGGUUGUAAGCAAUAAAGCUAUGUUAGAGAAGUUACUAUUAUUUUUAAUGGUGAUUAUCUUGGUAAUUGCCAAUCUUAUAAUUCUAUAUUAUAAAAUUACUCGUUGA